AUGCACCACUCUGGCGAGACAAUCCGCAGGCAGGUUGCUCCUGUGGCAACAGGCGCCUGCACAGCAGCUGCUGCUGAACUCUUAGGAACUAAAUGUUCUGCAUACAUCGGAGGGCCGAGGCGUCAAAACUACUACGCAGCCGUGGCCCUUCUGGGCGCCUCCCUCUUCUUCUUUGCCACCACUGUCGGAUGCGCAGUCCGUUUCAUCUCCCUCCCCUCCCCUGGCCUGCGCUUCGCAGACUGGCAGGUCUCCCGGCAGCUCCGCGAGGCAUCCCAAGCCCACGCGGCAAACAGCAGCACCCUGGCCCAGAGGAUCAGAACCGAGGAGGAGAGCCUGGCUCAGGCCCGGGAGAUGCUACGAGAGGCCGAGGCGGGACUCGAGCGCGCCAGGGAAGAGCUGAAGCAAGCAGAGAGCAACCUGACCCUCCUGCGGCAGGACAAGGGCAGACUGGAAGAGAAGAACCAGGAGAUGGAGACCAAUCUGACCCACGCCAGGUCAUGCCAGCAGAUCGGCUGCUGCCCCCCUCAGUGGAAGCUCUUCCGAUGGAAAUGCCUGUGGGUUUCAGCGGAAGAGAGGACUUGGGAAGAAAGCUACUGGGACUGUAGGAUGAAGAAAUCCCUGCUGCUUGUUUUGACAGAUCCCUGGAGUGCUGAGGAGCUGCAGCGUUCCCAAGUCUUAACGGUCUGGUGAAAACGGGUAGCAUGGCCUAAUGGGUGGGGUGAGGGAGGGGCUCCACCGUCAAUCCUGAAGGGGGAACCUGAAGGCCACUCCAUGCUCAUAGCACAGAAAGGGGAAAGGCGAGGGAAAUGUUGCAUUCACAGCCAAUCUUAAGAAGCG